AUGUCUUCCUCAUUGACUAUUGUUGGAGUGCAGGGCCGUCAAGUCACAGUUCCUUCCGGUCUCUUUAUUCAUAAUGAAUUUGUCCCAUCCGUGACGGGACAAACAUUGCGCGUGGAGAAUCCCUCGACGGGCGAAGACCUCGGAACCAUCUCGGCUGCUGCCAAAGAGGACAUUGACAAGGCAGUCGAGUCAGCCAAGGCUGGUCUGCAAGCCUGGAAAGCAGUUCCUGGACCUGCCAAAGGUCAUUUCCUUCUGAAGUUGGCCGAUCUGAUUGAGCGUGAUGCCCAGGAUCUUGCAUCGCUGGAGGCUGUGGAUGCCGGAGUCCUCUAUACGGACUCUAUGGGCAUGAACAUUCCACAGUCACUUGGCUGUCUUCGCUACUAUGCUGGCUGGGCCGACAAGGUCGAUGGAAAAGUGCUCGAUAUGGACGGUGGCAUUGCAUACACCCAUCGUGAGCCACUGGGUGUGUGUGCUGCAAUCGUACCGUGGAAUGCCCCUCUAAUGAUUACAAUUUGGAAGCUAGCCCCGGCUUUAGCGACGGGCAAUGUCCUAAUCAUCAAAAGUUCUGAGAUGUCACCGCUUUAUGCUCAGCGAUUAGCACAGCUCGUAAAGGAAGCGGGGAUUCCGGCCGGCGUUGUAAACAUUGUGACUGGCGAGGGUGCCAGCGCUGGCCAGGCCCUGUCUGAACAUAUGGAGGUGCGCAAGGUCGCAUUCACUGGUAGUGCAGUCGCAGGUCGUAAGAUCUUGCAGGCUGCGUCGCGAACCAACUUGAAGAAGGUGAGCUUGGAGCUGGGAGGUAAAGGCCCGUCGAUUGUAUUCGACGAUUGCGAUCUCGAAAACGCCCUACUCUGGACGCGCAUUGGCAUCACCGCCAACAACGGACAGAUCUGUGCGGCCGGAUCGCGCAUCUAUGUUCAGGAUACCAUUUACGAUCGCUUUGUGGAAGCGUAUAAGAAGGCCGCCGCCAGCGCACCGACUGUUGCUGGCAAUCCGUUGGAUCCCGCGACCACAAAGGGCCCCGUGGUGAACUGCGCCCAGCAUCAGAAGAUUUUGGAUUAUAUUCGACAGGGUAAGGAGUCUGGGGCCCAGUUGCUAUUCGGAGGGGAAAGAAUUGGCGACAAGGGGUACUUUGUUCAGAACACAGCCUUUGUGGAUGUGGCAGACGAUGCGACGAUUAUGCGCGAGGAGAUUUUCGGUCCUGUUGCAAGCAUCGCCAAGUUCUCCACGGAGGAAGAGGUCAUCGCCAAAGCCAACGACUCUCAUCACGGUCUGAGUGCUGCCCUAUUCACCAACGAUAUCAACCGGGCUCACCGUGUUACAAAGGCACUCGAGUCUGGUCAGGUAACGGUGAAUGCAUGGGCGAUGCUCAGUCCCAAUGUUCCAUUCGGUGGAGUGAAGGAGAGUGGGUUCGGACGCGAUAUGGGUGAAGAUGCCUUGGAAGGCUGGACAACGGUCAAGGCAGUCAAGUAUCAUAUUCUUCCUCGUCUGUAG